AUGGCGCGGCGCUACUUUGCAUCACCCUGGGUGGAGGCGCAGCGCGCGCGGCUGCAGCGCCUCGUGGACUGUGCGGCAAGCUCCGCAAGCUCGGAGCCUCCGCGGGCACUGGACGUGGGCUGCGGCCGCGGGCGACACAGCUUGAUGCUGCUGGAGAUGGGAUUCCAGGUCACGGCAGUGGACCUGGAUGGCGAGGCCUUGGACACACUUCGACAGCGAGAACGCGGCGCCGUGGAGAAGGGGACGCUGAAGAUUCGUUCGAUGGAUCUGGAGGCGGAGGACGUUGGGGCGCUCGGCCACUUCGACGUGCUGCUGGUGGUGAACUACGCCUCCCGGUCCUUGCUCCCGAAGUUGCUGCAGCUGCUAAAGCCCAAAGGGUUGCUGAUCUUCGAGUCCUGGGCUCAGGGGAACGAACACUUCGCCACGCCCAAGGAUGCCGAGGCCCAGCGGCGUCUCCUGAGGGCCAAUGAGCUUUUGGAGGCCACGAGUGACUGCUUCACCGUGUUAGCCUAUUCCCAUGGCCUCCAGGAGGACUAUGAAGGCCGAGAUUGCGUGAAGCAGAUGAUCUGCGCGGAAAAGAGGCCCUGCCCAGGCCGGGCCUCGCCUGUUUCGGAAGCAUCGCGGUGGUGCCUGGGGCGCUUGUUGGAGGUGACUGAUGCAUCCUUCCUGCAGGACUCGGCCUUCGGCCGGGACUGGGUCUGGCAUCGCCCCCAAAGUCUGGGCGUGGCCUUUGGCAUUGAGGACUUGCUGCAGCUUUUGGACGGCUAUGACCCUGAAGCUGCUCAGAAGGAGUACUUGGCAGCGCUCACGUCGGCCUCACCGCGCGGAGCAAGACCCGCCCUCUGGGACGUCUCCAUGGUGCGCCGCCGCGAGAGCACCACGGAGACCUUGAAGCCCCAGGAGGUCCGCGACUUCCUUCGCGCCGCCCAGCUGAAGACCAGCGCCGAUGUGUUGCAACGCGGCGAAGGCUGGACCUUGGUGGUCUCACAGCUGCAGGGAGCUCCUGCCCUUUGCGACCUGCAUCAGAGGCUCUUCGCCGCCACAGGACUUUCUUCCGGCAUCAACGCCUACUUGACCCCUCCUGAUGCCAUCGGAAAGCCGCCCCAUGUGGAUGACCAUGAUGUGCUCGUCUUGCAGCUGGCGGGCUCGAAGACCUGGACCCUCUUGGACGACGCCCGGCAGACGAUCCGCGAGCAGGUGCCAUUGACCAAGGGAGACGUCAUGUACCUGCCACAAGGUAUCCCGCACCAUGCUGCUGCCAUGGCAAGCCAUGAAGCCUCAUUGCACCUGGCGGUGGCCUUGCAUCGCCGGCCCAUGUCCUACAGCAGCGUGCUGGGAGCAUUGGUCACGCUGAGGUUGAUGGACCCUGGAGAUGGCGACCUGCUCCCAGCCGCUUUGGUGGAAGAGAUGGAGGGCCGCAGUCAGAGCUUUGCAGCCUUCGGCGCGCGAGAGCAUUGGAUCAAUCAACUGCUGCCCAUGCAUUUGGCUCUCGUUCGAGCUCUGUCGCCGGAGGACCUCGACGUAGGCCUUCGCCGCGAGUUCUGCGCCGUGCUGCGGCAGCGCAGCAGGGACCUGGCGGAGCUCCUCCGGAGCCCAGACAUGGAAGACGCGGACCUGGGCAUGCCCGUGGGCGCGCGGCGGCAGCGAGCCUUGCUGCGGGCCUCUGUGCGAGGUAGCGAGCGGGACUUGGAGGAGGCCGCACAGCUUCCCGAGGAGGACUUUGAAGCCCUGGCGUGUGCCGCCUUUUGGGUCCGUCGCGAGUACGUCAUGGACCCCCGGGGAUGGUGUGGACCCGUGCAUCGUCGAGGUCGGGCGCGAGGUCGAAGACGGGCGUCCGGCCGGUCUUGA